CAAUUAGACGGCCCCCUUGGGCGGGAGGCGUGGGUCGCUCCAUAAAGCGGCGCGGAGCUGUCACCCCGCGAGCAAGCUGCGCACCAUCCAGGCCGGAGCCAGCGCCGCAGACUCGGGCGCCUCGGGCCAGGGAGUGCAGAAGAGCCAUGGCCACCACCAACGGGACCGUGGAGAACGGGCAGCCGGACAGGAAGCCGCCUGCCCUGCCGCGCCCCGUCCGCAGCCUGGAGGUCAAGUUUACCAAGAUAUUCAUCAACAAUGAAUGGCACGAAUCCAAGAGUGGAAAAAAGUUUGCCACAUAUAAUCCUUCAACUCUAGAAAAAAUAUGUGAAGUAGAAGAAGGAGAUAAGCCCGACGUGGACAAGGCAGUGGAGGCCGCACAAGCCGCCUUCCAGAGGGGCUCCCCGUGGCGCCGCCUGGAUGCGCUGGGCCGUGGCCGGCUGCUGAAUCAGUUGGCUGACCUUGUGGAGAGGGACCGCACCGUCUUGGCUACCCUGGAAACGAUGGACACAGGGAAACCAUUCCUUCAUGCCUUUUUCAUCGACCUAGAGGGCUGUGUGAAAACCCUCAGAUACUUUGCAGGGUGGGCUGACAAAAUACAGGGACGGACCAUCCCCACAGAUGACAACGUUGUAUGUUUCACCAGGCAUGAACCUAUAGGUGUGUGUGGAGCCAUCACUCCGUGGAACUUCCCUCUGCUGAUGCUGGUGUGGAAGCUGGCCCCGGCUCUCUGCUGUGGGAACACCGUAGUUGUGAAGCCGGCGGAGCAGACCCCCCUCACGGCCCUUUAUCUGGGCUCUCUGAUCAAGGAGGUCGGAUUCCCUCCAGGAGUGGUCAACAUCGUGCCAGGAUUUGGGCCCACGGUGGGAGCAGCCAUGUCUUCUCACCCUCAGAUCAGCAAGCUAGCCUUCACGGGGUCUACAGAGGUUGGAAAGUUGGUUAAAGAAGCCGCCUCCCGGAGCAAUCUGAAGAGGGUGACACUGGAGCUUGGGGGCAAAAACCCCUGUAUCGUGUGUGCUGAUGCCGACCUGGACUUGGCGGUGGAGUGCGCCCAUCAGGGAGUGUUCUUCAACCAAGGUCAGUGCUGCACGGCCGCCUCGAGGGUGUUCGUGGAGGAGCAGGUGUAUGCCGAGUUCGUCAGGCGGAGCGUGGAAUAUGCCAAGAAACGUCCCGUCGGAGACCCCUUCGACGUCAGAACGGAACAGGGGCCCCAGAUUGACCAAAAGCAGUUUGACAAAAUCCUCGAUCUGAUCGAGAGUGGGAAGAAGGAGGGAGCCAAACUGGAAUGUGGGGGUUCGGCUAUGGAAGACAGGGGGCUCUUCAUUAAACCCACGGUCUUCUCAGAAGUUACUGACACCAUGAGGAUUGCCAAAGAGGAGAUUUUUGGACCAGUGCAGCCAAUACUGAAGUUCAAAAAUAUCGAAGAAGUGAUAAAAAGGGCAAAUAGCCUUGAAUAUGGACUCACAGCAGCCGUGUUCACAAAAAACCUCGACAAGGCCCUGAAGCUGGCUUCUGCGUUGGAGUCUGGAACAGUCUGGAUCAAUUGCUAUAAUGCCAUCUACGCACAGGCUCCAUUUGGUGGCUUUAAAAUGUCAGGAAAUGGCAGAGAACUUGGUGAAUAUGCACUGGCUGAAUACACAGAAGUGAAAACGGUCACCAUCAAACUCGAUGACAAGAGCCCCUGAGGGAACGACGGGCUCCUGCCUCAAACGUUGGACAGCCGAAUGUGGCAGAUCAAACUUGCCGAAGAAAACGUGCAUUGCCCGCCUUCCUGGGUCACUUUGUUGUGGAGACUUUACAUCUACUGGAUUUGAACGAUUUUUCUUUUCCUCUCACACUCCUGUGUUAUUGACCAUUAUGUUGUGUGUGAAAUUGUAGUCCUGCCUGGGGGUGGAGCUAUUGGCCGUUUCUGUGUUUCCCUUUCAACCAGGUCCCCAGGGACAGUAAAGAGGCUCAGGGUGUGGCCAACGGGAAGUGGCAUUUCAAGUAUCCAGCGGUCACUUACAAAUGUUUUGCUGGCUCUGACUCCAGUAAGAACUUGGAAAAACUCCCGGGUUGUUCUGCAAACAGAGCCCUGCACCUGUGGCUUCCUCAGGGUCACCUGCCCACAGAACAAGCCCCUCCCAGCAUUCAGUGGGAAAGAAACAGCGUUAAGUUAAAAACAAAAACAAAAGCAGGACUGUGAGGAGCCAAAGUGGGGAGUUCUGGGGAGUCCAGUACUAUGGAAGGGUACUGAAGGUCUUGGGUGUGAAUGGGCGUGCGUCUUCAAGGACUGCAUCUCGACAUUGACCAUGGGACUCAGCUCAAAAACCAGUGUUCCUUUUGGAAUAUGAUCGAAUCAGCGCCCAAAAUGCUUAUCUAAAACUAUGUCACGGUCGACCUUAACCAAGGCACUUUCUUAGGCAGAGAACAUCGCUGGUGUCACCAUUGCUGCUAAGGACCCAGUGCUCUGACACUACAAGAGCAUAGCCAAUGCUAGGAUAAUUAACUCUCGUGUUUGACAAAUCAGAGCCACACUCCGCUUUUACGGAAUAUCAAUUUCUACCUUGCAUUAAUGGUUUAUGAUCAGCCUAUGUAGUUUUCUUUUUCUCCAGUUUGGUUAUCUGUUUUAGACUAGCAAAACAUACACAACUGGAAAGGCCACUGGCCGUUGUUUAAAUACAGCCUGGCUUUUUUAAAGUCCUAUUUUGAUAUUAAUUAGUGAUUAAUUAACAAAUAACACCCAGACUCCGUGGAAGAACUGGGUCUCCUACUACAGUGGCCUGAGUACUGCACUAACAUGUUGCGAAAUUUUCUUUUCCUGUGUGUGCAAAUGCUGUGCAAUUCCAAGUUUUAAAGCGUUCCCAGAUAGCUUUUAAAAAACGAAAACCAAACGUAACUGCGUUAUUUGGAUACUUUUACCGUUACUAACUAGUACUUUUCUAAUGGUGCUUAUGUUUGGGAAUUAAAUUAUGUUUGAGAAUUAAAUUGGGGGGAGGGCAAUAAUACAAUGAAAAUUGACAUCAAAAGCAGUGUACGGAUGAAGAAAGUCCUAUGUGAAAUGGGUUUAUCAUUCUUGUCAGAAAUAGGCAAUACGCUAUUCACCUUCUCUGCAUCAGUUAACACAUCACUUAAACUGUCAGCAACUUUCUAAGUCAGGAUUUGACUUCAGACACUGAAUUUUCAGGAUUUUAUCUCAAGCAACUUUAGACACUAACCUUGAUAGUAAUACAUUAGAGGGUUCUUAAUCUUCUGUUGUAUAAUAAUGCCUUUAAUAUGAAACGCUACAUUAUUUAUAAUUGGUAUAGUUAAUGUAUCUUUUUAUAGUUGUAAGUAAACAGAGGUGGUAUAUUUAACCUUCUGUAAUAUACUGUAUUUAGAAAUGGAAAUCUAUAUAGUAUUAGAUUUCACUUCUUUUAAGGUUUACUCCUGUGGUAUGGUUUUAAAAAAUCUAUUGGCCUGGGAAUUCCGACCCUAACUGCAGAUUGUGUUCAACAACGCAACGAUGAUAAAAUAAAAUUGGAUAUUUGACAAA